GAGUGCACUGCUAUAGCUCAGUACACUAUGAACAUUAUCAAAACAAUCAGCCACGCGUGCGUUUCCCGCAUAAAUGACGUCACGGGGCCAUUCUCCAAUGCCCUGUGAGAACAGGAGUGUAUAAACUCAUGGGCUGGAGUUAAUCGACUGGAGCGAAGUAGCCAUAAAGCGUUUGGGAUUUACUCGGAUUUCUUUACUGUAGUUUAACAUUAAUCCUGCACUGCAGAGAGUUUGGUAUUUGAGCGCGAGUGCGAGCGGAAAUGUAGUCAGGGUAGCGACUCGUGAGGCGGAAGUGAGGUUACAGCGCAGCAGCAGCGGUCUGCUUCGUCCAUGUUAUUAUUGUUAUUUUGACUGGGAUGGUUGGCGGCGGAACGCGCGGACGGCGCCCAGCCCCGGCAGUCUCCGACACACGCACGCGCUGCUCUCCGUCCUGGAACACACACUCCUGUAAAGAGAGCAAAAAAUACUAAUAAAUAAAAAUUCAAGCAAAUUGGCGCUCGCCCCAGACUCGGUAUUAUUGUUGACAUCGCGGCGGAGAUGAACAGCAUCACCAAGGGCAGAUUCGAGGUGUUCUCAAACAGCGAUGAAGCUCCGAUCAACAAAAAGCUUCCCAAAGAACUCCUGCUCAGGAUUUUCUCCUACCUAGAUGUGGUUACGCUGUGUAGGUGUGCCCAGGUAUCCAAGGCAUGGAAUGUUUUAGCACUGGAUGGAAGCAACUGGCAGAAGAUUGAUCUCUUCAACUUCCAAACAGAUAUUGAGGGCCGUGUAGUGGAGAACAUUUCAAAGAGAUGUGGCGGCUUUCUGAGACAGCUGAGUUUGAGAGGUUGUCUCAGUGUAGGCGAUGCCUCUAUGAAGACUUUUGCGCAGAAUUGUCGUAACAUAGAGCAACUGAAUCUGAAUGGCUGCACUAAGAUCACCGAUGCCACCUGCAUCAGCCUCAGCAAGUUCUGCUCCAAACUCCGCCACCUCGACCUCACGUCCUGUGUGUCCAUCACCAACCAUGCACUCAAGGCAUUAAGGUUAUCCAUGUGGGACCAUAGCACAAUAGCAGAAAGUGAGUCACAAGUGCAGAAGCUCCAAACAGCAGUAGAACAUCAGGAUGAAUCAGGCAGGUCCGGAGGGCAAAAGGAGUCACAGCAGGAGAGUGAGGGCUGUCGCAUGUUAGAGAAUCUGAACCUUUCCUGGUGUGAUCAGAUCACACGUGAUGGCAUCGAGGCUCUCAGCCGUGGCUGUACCAGCCUCAAAGCAGUGUUCCUCAGAGGCUGCACACAGUUGGAUGAUCCUGCACUCAAGCACCUUCAGAAGCACUGUCCUGAGCUCAUGACAAUUAACAUGCAAUCCUGCACACAGAUAACAGACGAGGGUUUAGUGAAUUUGUGCCGCGGCUGUCAUAAGUUGCAGAUGGUGUGUAUAUCUGGCUGCAGCAACAUCACGGAUGCCUCUCUCACUGCACUUGGCCUCAACUGCCAACAGCUAAAGAUCCUGGAGGCUGCCCGCUGCUCUCAUGUGACUGAUGCUGGUUUUACUGUUCUGGCAAGGAAUUGUCAUGAUUUGGAGAAAAUGGAUUUAGAGGAAUGUAUUUUGGUCACUGACAACACACUGGUUCAGCUUUCAAUCCAUUGCCCUCGGCUCCAGGCCCUGAGUCUCUCGCAUUGUGAGCUGAUAACUGACGAUGGGAUUAGACACCUGAGCAGCAGUGUGUGUGGUCAGGAGCGGCUACAAGUGGUCGAGCUGGAUAACUGCCCCCUGAUCACAGAUAUCACUCUGGAGCACCUGAAGAGUUGCCAAAGGCUCGAGCGCAUCGAGCUCUACGACUGUCAGCAAGUCACUCGCGCAGGAAUCAAACGUAUCCGAGCUCACCUUCCUGAGAUUAAGGUCCAUGCCUACUUUGCACCAGUCACACCACCUCCGUCAGUUCAUGGAGGGGGUCAACGUUUGUGCCGCUGCUGCGUCAUACUCUGACAGUGGAUGGGGUCUCUGAAGCAUGCCAUGAAGAGUCAGUCUGUCAGUCAAACUAUAAACCCCACCUUGCUCCUGCUGGCCACUCCUGCUAAACUCUACACAGAGGUGUGGCUGGGAAAGGCACGGUUGGAUCAAUGAGGGUUUAUCUGGCAGCAGGAUGGAGCUAUACAAGUUAUUGAAAAAAUUAUAAUUCAAAAUACAAAGAAUAAUUACUAUGUAAAAUGUGACAUUUCAAAUGGAAUCCAUGAGAAGAAAGUGGGAAAAGCCACCUUGUAAAAUAUUUCACAUUUGGAUUUGUAGAAAACACAUUUGUGAAAGUACUUAAAGCUGUAUGACAUCGAACUACUGACUACAGAACCUUGUCUGCGUGGGAAGGUCUCUGAGGGCUAGAUGAGAACCAGACAAUGUUUACUUCUUGAUCCACUGUUACCUAUUUGAAUGCAUUAUUUCCUCUUGAACGGAACCAUUAAUAUCAACAGGAAUGAUGAGCGAGGAGCAGGACAUGAGAAUUCUGUAUUUGCAGUGGGACUUGUUGGAGACUCUUACAGUAACUGAUUCAGAGAAUGUUAAAAUAUAUCAAACAAAACAUAACACUACAACCAAGCAACCUGUGUUCAACCUGGAGUAAAGUGGUUUCUAUCAGUGCUCAGCAUUCAUUACAGAAACUGCUAAAACAUUUUCAUGAAUCUUGCUAUAUACAGUAAGACUGCGUUGGAAAAAUACAUAAGUGAUGGAGUAUAUAUGUGGACAGAAUGGGGGCUUAUUCAGAUUUUUAGGCUCUAUCAAUGGAAUGAAGGAAUAUUAGGAGUGACUCCAUAUUUUUUAAAAAAAGAAUCAUAUUUACUGAAGAGGUCUAAUGGAGUAGAUGAAGAUGAAUUUUAAGUUCAAAGUGCAAUAUUUCAAAGACCCGGAUUUUCUGUUCAACAUGUGAAAUGGUGUUCUUUUUACAAUUCCCAUAUACAAUCUUGAUUGCUGCCUAUUGUUGUUGCGCUAUUAUUUAACAGGCCAGGACCCAGAAUGUAAUUUUCCAUUAAAAGUAAUUUUCCAUUAAAUUUUUUUUUUGUAAAAUAAAUUUUCCAAUUUAAUUUCCCAAGUGCACAUGUAUAAUCUGCAUAAUCUACACUUAUGUAGUUCUGAGCACUGAAAAACUGAAUGCACCUUGGGCCUUAUGUUACUAAUUCAGAUGACUGUUGAAUUAAUUGCCUAAUCAAUGAUGAUGGCUUUUGGGUGCGAGUGCCUUUGAUUUUGCAACGCUGGAAUGGGCAUGGGGAAAUCCAGCCUCAGAGAUAAAAGACUCAGGGCUGUAAUGUGAUUCGUCAGAUCUUUUCCUUUCCUGCUUCUUUGAUUGUCAGCAUUGAAGAGAACGGGAGCGACAUAUAUAGGUGAUGGACCGCACAGCAAGCAAGCACUGCAUCCAUGUUUGUUGGGUUAUUGUAGUUGUUACUGAAUGAAGAAGUGUAAUUCUGCAGCAAUGUAAAGGACAACCCCCUUCCCCCGUCUCUUAUUCGAAUUUCUGAUAACUGUUUGGGAAAAAAAAGCUACCUGUCCUUGUGUUCUGGUGUUACUGUGACAUUUCUUUAAAUAAAAGAUCUGAGCAGUG